CCACCAAGGUAAACGCUGGGUCAACUGGAAAAUGGUUAGGGCAAAAGAAGAGAUAAAAAGCGCUGUGCUCAUCCUUCCAAGGUUGUGAGAAGUCUACAGGACUCAUCUGGGGGGGAACAAUGAGAAUCCAGUUGAAGGGAGUGGGAAUUUAUUUGGCUUUUGCAGUCCUAGUUAUUGUUUCAACUGCAGAGAUGGAAAGACAGUGGGAAUCUCUUGAAAGCAGCAAAGACCAUGUGUGCAAUGGCACGAUCUCGGACUGCAUAGGCGAACAAGAGUUCUUGAUUGGGUUUGAAGUGAAGGGAAGAUCUCCAGCGCAGAAUCCUCAUAUUACUUAUCGUGGUAUUCAGAUGAGGCCUCCGGUUUGUAAUGGAAACAUUUACGGCAACUGCAUCGCCCCAAAAUCUGGAUACAAGCGGCCCUGCUCCUAUUACAAUCGAUGCAAGCGUGGCACCCGAUGAUCAAUUGUUGUUGAAUAGCAGAGAUGAUUAAUCAUCUUCCCCCUGUUUGUUUGUAUUUCUGUACUUUGAUACUUGUUGAGAUUGCUGUACCUUCUAAUAUGUAUAUUGUGCUAUUUUGCAAUAUUAAGUCUUUGGACUCGUUUCCCUUUGUAAUACGGUGAGCCAUAGAAGCAAAGCUAUUGGGUUUCAUCAGAAUAAUAUCGAGUGAUAACUAUCUCGAAGUUAUCAUGAGGUCAGGGGAUUCCAUACCAAAUCAUCAUGUUUGGAGACUCCUUGGAUUUUCCUGUAAUUUCUCUGCAAAAUGGUAAUAUAAAAAGCUGAACUGAAGCAGAUGUUUUCUGUGUUUCUUAA